AUGGGGGACCCGCAGCAGGACCCUGAACUGUCUUACCAGCAGUCCGCGAGGCAGAGAAGUUCCCAGGACCAGGGGCGCAGUCGGGAGCAAUCUCUGUCCCAGGAGACGCAGCAGCUGCCGCUUGACGCCCAGGUCCUGAGCGGCAUUACUGAGAUGCCCGAGAGCCAGGCCCCCCUCCAGGGGUGGGCACAAGGGGCCGGCCUGAGUCAGUAUGACAACUCGGCGGUGUCCCAGGGUGGCGUACAGUACCUGUCCAUGAGUGCAGGCUUUCCCGCGGAUUUCCAGCGCCAAACUUAUGUGGACGAAGGCAGGGUCCAGGCCACCCACAAUGCCGACUUCAUGCUGCAGCAGCUACAGCGGGGCCAAGGCAACCUCCUUCAGCAACUGGAGUCAUCCUUCCAGGAUCCCCGGCCCAACUACCUGGGCCAGUUCAACGCGUACCAGAGAGAAGACUCGCAGUUCGGCCAAGGCACCCAGCACGGGCCCUACACCAGGGAUGACCCCACCCUCCAGUUCUCGUCCUCUGAGCUGAGCUUCAUGCCCUUCAAUAUGGAGGUGUCCGAGCCGGAGCCCCGGGAGUUGGCCGUGCAAAACGCCAAGGCCUACCUGCAGCAGACCAGCGUCAGCUGCGACCUCAGCCUGUACGAGCACCUGGUGAACGUGCUGACCAAAAUCCUGAACCAGCGGCCCCAGGACCCCUUGUCGAUCCUGGAAUCACUGAACCGCACGGCGCAGAUGGAGUGGUUCCACCCCAAGCUGGACACGCUGCGGGAUGACCCAGAGAUGCAGCCCACCUACGAGAUGGCGGAGAAGCAGAAGGCACUGUUCGUGCGGGGCGGCAGCGGUGAGGGCGAGCAGGAGGUGGAGGAGGAGCCGUUGGAGACAGCCGUGCCCAACGUCAUGGAGUCAGCCUUCUACUUCGAACAGGCCGGCGUGGGCCUGAGCUCAGACGAGAGUUUCCGAAUCUUCCUGGCCCUGAAGCAGCUGGUGGACCAGCAGCCCAUCCACACCUGCCGCUUCUGGGGCAAAAUCCUGGGGCUCAGCCGCAGCUACCUGGUGGCGGAGGUGGAGUUCCGGGAGGGCGAGGAGGACGUGGAGGAGGAGGAGGUGGUGGAGGAACUGACUGAGGGCGACGUCUUGGACAUGCACGGCGAGGAGGAGGGUGAGGAGGAUGAAGAGAAGGUCUCUGACUUCCUUCCCAAGCGCAUGUGGAAGCCCCCACCCGUUAUCCCUAAGGAGGAGAGCCGCUUGGGCGCCAACAAGUACCUGUACUUCGUGUGCAACGAGCCAGGCCGGCCAUGGACGAAGCUGCCCCACGUCACCCCUAGCCAGAUCGUGCAGGCGCGCAAGAUCAAGAAGUUCUUCACCGGCCACCUGGACGCGCCGGUGAUCAGCUACCCUCCCUUCCCGGGCAACGAGGCCAACUACCUGCGGGCCCAGAUCGCACGCAUCUCGGCUGCCACGCACAUCAGCCCCCUGGGCUUCUACCAGUUCAGCGAAGAGGAGGGUGAUGAGGAGGAGGAGGGUGGCGCGGGGCGCGACUCAUUUGAGGAGAACCCCGACUUCGAGGGCAUCGCGGUGCAGGAGCUGGUGGACUCCAUGGCCAACUGGGUGCACCACACGCAGCACAUCCUCCCGCAGGGCCGCUGCACUUGGGUGAACCCUUUGCAGAAGAAGGAGGAGGAGGAGGAGCUGGGGGAGGAGGAGGAGAAGGCCGAUGAGGGGAUGGAGGAGGUGGAGCAGGAGAUUGGGCCCCCGCUGCUGACGCCGCUCUCAGAAGACGCAGAAAUCAUGCACAUGUCGCCCUGGACCUCCCGCCUGUCCUGCAGCCUCUGCCCACAGUACUCCGUGGCUAUCGUGCGCUCCAAUCUCUGGCCGGGGGCCUACGCCUACGCCACUGGCAAGAAGUUCGAGAACAUCUACAUUGGCUGGGGCCACAAGUACAGUCCGGAGAACUUCAACCCGCCCCUGCCAGCCCCCAUUCAGCAGGAGUACCCCAGCGGCCCGGAGAUCAUGGAGAUGAGCGACCCCACGGUGGAGGAGGAGCAGGCCCUCAAGGCCGCCCAGGAGCAGGCCCUGGUAGCUGCAGAGGAAGAGGAGGAGGAUGAGGAAGAAGAUGAGGAUGAGGACCAGGAUGACUGA